UCUCGCUACCACGCUUCUACGCCUUGUGUGGCACAGGACGUACGCGUCACGUCUAAUUCACCGCAACACUCAAUUCUCAUAUAUCACAAGGACAUUAAACUUAGGCCACGUUGCUUGCAGUGAGGAAACCAUGCCGUCAUCCCCAUCAGUGCCAGUAGAACUACCCAAACCGCCCAAACUGGAUCUGGAUGAGUUCGUUGCGACUGCCCUGUCAGCUACCCCAGCGGAACUCCAUCCAUUUUUUGAAUCUUUCGGCAAACUCCACACGAGAAAACUAUGGCAUCAACUAACGCUCAAAUUAUAUGAGUUUUUUGACCACCCGUUGUCGCGGCCCUUCCGUGUGGAUGUGUUUGAGCGAUUCGUGCGCGACUUUGAGCCCAAACUGAACCAACUUAAACUUGUGGAGAUGGGGACUAAAGUGUCCAAGGAGAUCGACAACCCACAAACACAGCUUUUGUUCCUCAACUCCAUACUUUCACGGAUCGAUGCCGAAUCAUCACAGGAGGCAUACGUGCUGCUGCUUGCAAACAUUGCAUAUGCAAAGCUGGUGUACGGCGAUUUAGAGGGUACCAAGACGGAUAUGGAUACUGCCUGGAAAACACUCGAUCGACUGGAAGGAGUUGACACUGCCGUCAAUGCUUCGUAUUACAAAGUAGCCGCUGACUACUAUAAGGCCAAAGCGGAAUAUGCGCCAUAUUAUAAGCACUCUCUGCUGUAUCUGGCAUGUGUCGAUGUAGCAACAGACCUUACUUCAGAAGAACGUUUGCUGCGCGCACACGACCUUGGCAUUUCGGCAUUCCUCGGCGACACUAUCUAUAAUUUUGGGGAGCUGUUGAUGCACCCAAUACUCGACGCGCUGGACAACACGAAGUAUGAUUGGAUCAAGAAGCUGUUGUUCACAUUCAACGAAGGCAACAUUGGCAAAUUCGAAGCACUGGCACCACUAUUUCCGCAGGAGCCGAUUCUGGAAGAGAACUACCCCUUCCUUCGACAGAAGAUAUGUUUGAUGGCGCUGAUCGAAUCAGUGUUCAAACGGAACGCGAAUGACCGAACGAUGUCUUUCCAGGCUAUCGCCGAGGAGACGCUACUUCCAGUAGACGAAGUGGAACACCUCAUCAUGAAAGCACUGAGCCUCAAGUUGAUUCGAGGUUCCUUGGACCAGGUGGAUCAAAAAGCGCGCAUCACGUGGGUGCAACCUCGUGUUCUGUCGCGCGCACAAAUAGGCGAGCUAGCGACGCGGCUUGGAGCGUGGAUAGAUAAGUUGGGGAGCGUGGAGCAGAGGAUGGCCCCACAUGUGUCUACGGCGGCAUGAGUACGUUCACACUGUACGUAGAGAUGGGCGCCGACUUUUUCCAAGGCGACUGUCCCCGGAGCAAGAAUGAUCGAUUGUGACAUGCUGCAUUCAUUGUAUGAAUUUUUAGAAGGACACGUUUGCGGUUCCGGAUCAGAUACGAAGGUUAUAACGGUGGUUUGCGAGCACGUUGAGACACGAUGCAGAUUCUGAAUGACAUAGAGGGACUGAUGAGGGUAUGUUUGAGCCGUAGGGAAGGAGGGUUUAAGCCGUAGUAGGGGAAGAGGCACUGCUAUCGAAUGCAGGCUUCCUCAUUUAGGGUGUGAAGUACUAACAGCAUGCUGUCC